CUGUGUGGUAUCAUGGCUGAUGACUUUGUUGUCGAGGCUUUCACCCUCCUGGCUAUUGCCAUCACGACGAUUAUUUUCCGGGUCGUGGCACGAUGGGUCACGGCGGGGCCGAAGAAUUUCAUGCUGGAUGAUUAUCUGAUGCCGGUGGCGGGGGUGGUAUAUGGACUAGAAACAGGGGCCGCGUACUGUGUGAGUGCAUGGUGGAUGGGACUAGCGAAUAACUCGAUGAGUGAUGCUGAACGAGCAUCUCUAUCGCCAUCAUCCCAUGAAUAUCAUCUUCGAGUGGGGGGAUCCAAAACCCAAGUGCUCGGAUGGUCAUUAUACACGACGUUGUUGUGGUUGAUGAAGUCGUGCAUGGCGGUGUUUUAUUCCAGAUUAACAGCCGGCUUAAUCAACAUGCACAUCCGCAUCCGCAUCGGCUACAUCUUCAUCGGAGUAACCUACCUCGCUGUCAUCCUCAGUAUCCUACUCGGCUGCCACCCCCUACACAAAAACUGGCAGAUCUACCCCGACCCAGGCAAUUACUGCCAACCAGCUGUCUCGCAUAUCGAUGUAUAUGUGACGGUGGUGUUGAAUGUCGUCACGGAUUUGUAUCUCAUUUCGAUUCCGUUUCCUAUCCUCUUCAAAGCCCGUCUCCCCUGGCGCGAAAAACUCGAACUCAUCAUUCUCUUCAGCGGAGGAUUCUUCGUCAUGGCGGCGGGGAUUCUUCGGUGUGUGUUGAUUGUUACGGCCGGUCCCAACGGCGCCGCCCAAGCCGGCCGCUGGGCAUGUCGCGAAACCUUCGUCGCCGUCAUCAUCGGCAACAUACCCAUGAUCUAUCCGCUGUGUCGGCGUCUUGCUCGUCGAGCGGGAUUAUAUAUCUCUACCAAGGGGGGUGCGAGUACCCAGAGUUAUCCGUUAUCUGAAGGAACGGGGGAUUUGCAUUCCACGGAGAAUAGUAAGAGGCGGAAGAAGUUUCGACAUCCGUUGUCGUUGCCGGAUACGCAGUGGGGGACGGGGAGUGAUGAGGUGGGGAUGUUGGGGGUGGAUGAAUAUGGAGGUGGAUAUGGGGAGGGGAGUGUGGAUGGGAGGAGUGGAGGGAGUAGAGGGAGUGGAGUAGGUGGAGGGGGGAUUAAAGUCGUGAGGGAGACGAUUGUUACUCGGUGA